AUCAAGAUGGCGCUUAGACAGGCAGGCAAAAACACCAAUGUUCUCUCAUCUGUGCUGCUCCAAAUCCUGCUGUAUCUCUCAGCAGCUUACAGUGUGUUUUACUUCCUGUCCACUCUCUCCAUGAUCAUCUACAAAACUUAUGUGUUGAGUUAUCCCAGCGACAGACUCGCUUUAGACGUGUGUCUAGUGUUUCUCAUGGCCAGUCUUGAGCUCCUGAGGGUGUACUGGGGGAUCAGGGGGAAUCUACAGGAGAGUGAGAGCUACACAGCUUCAAAUCUGAUUGCAACAGGUGCCACAGUGCUGCUGGCGCUCUAUUUUGUCAUUUGGCAGUCAUACGUCCUGCGAGCUGACGUGAUCAUUGGAUCCAUACUGAUCUGCUUGUAUGGCCUGACAGGAAUUGUGGGGCUUGGGACGCUGGCGCGCUUCACAAGGAGAAACAUCUGAGACACAGUUGGUACUGAAGUGAAGCUGCUUAUUCCUGACUCUUCACAUCUCUGCGGCCACAUCUGACAGACUGUUGGAGAUUUUUUUAUUGCUAUGCAAUCAACUGUUGUCUUAUCUAAAAAUCAGAGUUUGAUUACAAUCUGUCAUAUAUAAUAGUAAUUUCAUAAAUAAUAUUAAUGUAGAGUUACACAACUUUUUCUAGAACACUUACCUGUAUAAGACCAGGACAUGCAUGCCAUGUGUAUGUCAUUUAAAACCGUCAAUUUGUCACAUUUCUUAUUUUGAAGUAAAAAAGUGUGUGUAUGAUCCCUGUUUCUUAAAUAAAAAAAUAUUUUUAUUAACAUUUUGAAACACAUUUUUAAUAAUUUGUUUAAAUUAAGAAUGCAUUUUUUUGCACUCUGUAGGAGGAAUCUCUGAGGCAGGGAGCUCUGGGACCGAGCUAAUGUUGUGAGGAGCUUGGAGCAUGUGAGGAGCAUGGUGGCCAUUACAGAACUUUCUUUGGUUGUAACAGGAACUUCUUUUUAUGUGGAGGUGGCACUAACUGGCACUUAUGGGACCAGGAGGCCAUGACAGAUGAUAUGGGGAUGAGUGGGAAAUUGGAGCCCAGGGUGGCUGUGGACUGAGGCAGUCUUUGGUGCCAGUUCUGGCUUGGGUCUUUACACCUCUGAGGAGGCAACAACAUCAUUGGGGUGCCUAUGCCAGGUGUGGAGCAGCCAUAGCAGGAACCCCUUUGGUACCUUUGGCUUGCAUGGUGGCAGAGAAUGGGAGCUCUGUCACUGUGGAGGUGAAGACUAAGAGCUCUCGUAUUCUGUGACCGAAACCUCAGGAAUGUAGUGGCCAUGAUGGGACAAACAAAAAGGGGCAACCAAAAGAAGUAUGUACAUAUAUACAAUAUGUACACAUCCCUCCGGAAGCAGUACCGCCAGACGCAAAUACUGCUUCCUCAAGCCAAGGCGCAAGACGCUACACAUGGCUUGCUCGCCCCGCAAGACGCAAAGGCGAGAGGAGGGAUGGAAGCGUCUCCCAAUGCAGCCCGCAAGACGCAAAGCUGCAUGAGAGACGCCAACUGGAGUGGUCUUAUGAGACGACCUGAAAAAGAACAGGUUU